AUGCGGUGUGCAUACGAGGUGCAGUGGGUGUGGGUCACUUUCAACAUGAUUCCCAUCUGCAGAAUGGCGGCGUCGGCGCCGAACUCUAACCCCGAGAACUCGGCACCUGCUCGCUCGCUGGCUGAGGAACUGCCAAGCAACCUGACCGAAUCAAGUCGUGUCCACGUCGUAGAGGUGUCGUCCUGGGCCGCACGAGUUCGUUGGGGAGACGACUCGACAGGACGAGACGGAUUCUCGCGACUCCUUUACCGUGACCUCCGAGAUGAGGAAGCCAACGCCAUACAAACACACGUCAUCCUCCCGCCAUUCAAGCGGUCCUACUUCAUGGUAGAUCUGAAACCCAGGACUAGGUACGAGGUCUGCGUGUUUGAUCCCAAGCUUGUGUACCCUCCCGCAGUCGACUGUGCAGUCUUCACGACUAAAGACGACAGGGAGGAGUUCAAGUUCAGGGUGAAGGCGUGGGGGAUUGUUGGUGUGAUAGGUCUGAUGUUCCUCAUCACUGGAGCAGUGUUCAGGGUCGCCAUGUGGAUACGGAGGAAGAUCGCUGACCUCGGGAAGAAACACAGAGGCAAGAAGCUAAUCACGGUCUCGGACCAACUGGCACAAGACGCCGAGGAAUCGAUUUCCGAGAGACGAGGGGAAUCCAAGGAGGAGAUACUGAACCUGGAGUGA